UGCAGGGGUUACUAUUGAGUGACCAACACAGUGUCAACACAGUUUGUUUAGUGUGUCGAUACAUUCCUUAAGGUAUCAUCUUCCCAUUACUACAGCGUAGCAGGACUUUUAUGUUGACAGCUAGUUGGAUUUCCGGAGCACAGCCAGAGAGUCUCCAGAGAGAAGAAGACCCACUUUAGUAUGUCUUCCAGGUUUAUUAGACAGUAAAGCAGGCUCCCAAGUGAGUUCAGAAUGAACGAGAUCAUAUGGAGAAAUUGAGUAAAUCAUAGUUUAAAAUAAAUGUUUAAUAAUCUUUACAGUAAUUAAUUUAUUAAGUAUUAUUUAUUAUAUACAAUAUCACAUUUUAGUACCAAACGCUUCAUUAUAGCUUUUAAACUCCAGUUAUAAAUCUUUAAAAUGUGCUCUGACUGUUACUACAGGAUCACCAUCCACUGAGCUCACAGUAGCAGAAAUGCUAGAGCCUUUACUGCCUAAAACCCGCUUGCUGUAGAAAAAUAAAAUAUACUGGUAACAUUUCUACCCUGUUUUACUGAAGAACUUUGAUCUACUUUAUAAAAUAAAAGUAAAAUCCCAGACAAGUCGUUAGACACUAUUUUUUACUAGUUUUUAGCUGUUUAGCUCCAUUCACCUCCAUUCAUUGAGGACUCACUCGCGGGCUCCCUCUAGCGUUCAGCAGGUAUUUUCUGAUAUACCGGGGGAGACAGGGAGUGGGCGGGCUCUCCAUAACCCGGCUGUAGCUGAUCUUCGGGGGUCUACAGCUGGAGUGUUUUUGGAGCUUUGUUCUCCCACACCGCUGCAGGAACAGGAUCAGCUGAACUACAGAAGAAAUCUUCUUCUGAAACUGAUCACUUCAAACAAUCAGGAGUUUUCACAAAGAUCAAUGUUAAACUGCUGCAAGAGGUGAAACACAAGGCAUCCAGAAGAAUCUCCAGUACCCGCGAAAGUUGUUUGGUACUUCUCACAGAAAUAUGAAGCCAAGUCAAGUCAAGGAGAAAUUUCAUCACUCUGAGAGCAGUUUUACUACAGAGAGUGAUCUCAAACAACACCAACGCAUUCACACCGAAGAGAAACUGCUUUACUGCUCAGACUGUGGGAGCAGUUUUACUACACAGAGUGAUCUCAAAAGACACCAGCGCAUUCACACAGGAGAGAAACCGUAUCACUGUUCAGACUGUGGGAGCAGUUUUACUCAACAGAGUUCUCUCAAAAUACACCAGCGCAUUCACACAGGAGAGAAACCGUAUCACUGCUCAGACUGUGGGAGCAGUUUUAAUAGACUGGGCUCUCUCAAACUACACCAGCAAAUUCACACAGGAGAGAAACCGUAUCACUGCGCAGACUGUGGGAAAAGUUUUACUCAACUGGAAAACCUCAAAAGGCACCAGCGCAUUCACACAGGAGAGAAACCGUAUCACUGCUCAGAAUGUGGGAGCGGUUUUACUCAACAGGGUGAUUUUAAAAGACACCAGCGCAUUCACACAGGAGAGAAACCAUAUCACUGCUCAGACUGUGGGAGCAGUUUUAAUAUACAGAGUUCUCUCAAAAGACACCAGCGCAUUCACACCGGGGAGAAACCGUAUUACUGCUCAGAAUGUGGAAGGAGUUUUACUACACAGAGUAAUCUCAUAAUACACCUGCGCAUUCACACAGGAGAAAAACCAUAUCACUGCUCAGAAUGUGGAAAGAGUUUUACUACACAGAGUAAUCUUAUAAUUCACCAGCGCAUUCACACAGGAGAGAAACUGUAUCACUGCUCAGUCUGUGGGAGCAGCUUUAAUAUACAGAGUUCUCUCAAAAGACACCUGCUUAUUCACACAGGAGAGAAACCAUAUCAAUGCUCACACUGUGGAAAGAGUUUUACUACACAGAGUAAUCUCAAAAUACAUCAGAAUAUUCACACAGGAGAAAAACUGUAAUGUUUUACUACACUGAUUUAUUUAAAAAUAAAACCAGCGCAUUCACACAGUGAGAACGCGUAAUACUGAUCAGACUGUGGGAGUAGUAUUCCAAAACAUUAAAGAAGAAAAUGUAUAUGCUUGUGGAUUAAUAUGUCAUCUCUUUAGCUGUGUUAUAGUUACACAAGGCCUUGGAGAUUGUUUUAAGGUGAUUGUUUAGCAGGGGGUAUAGAUGUUUUGCGGAAGACUGUUAUCAAGACUCUUUUGCUGUUUUGGGAAAAACUAAGAAUGAACAUGUACUGAGCUCAGUCUGAAGAGUGUGUAUGAACUUUGAAAAAUCAAUCUCUCUGUGACAUGCUCGUAUGAUCUCUUGGAAUAUAUACAAUUUCUUUUUAUAAUAAAAGUGUGAAAUAGCAAGUG